AUUUUGAUUCUGUCCCCAUUAAAUGUUCCUUAUUUUCCUCUUCAGAAAUGAUCUGCUGCUGGUGGUCCCGAUCUCCUCCAACGGUAUUUUUCGGUCUGCAAAUUGAAAUAUCUGCUUCUCCGGUAGAGACCACAUCUCCUUCCUUCUCAUUGUCGGUGUACCACUCUCUUUGCCCAUCCGGAAACAUACGACCUCAUCUUCUUCCUCUACUACUGCCAUGCCAAGCUCUUCCCCUCUCGUUUUUCAAAUCCUCAUCACUUGCCUGACGAUCCUCCCCUCGUACUCAAUCUUUCUCUCCUCCGACUCUCAGCCAAGAUCCAUAAUAGACGUGGUUUUCAUCCUCAUUGCCCUGUCUUUCAUCACACUACUUGUUACUAUGGCCAAUUUUUCCACAAAAAUAACAAAACUCUGAAAGUCUCUCAUACUUGAGAGGGAUCCAUACAUCAUCAUAUCAGCCUCCAAUUUUCAACUUCAGGCCUCUUCUCAGGGGCUUACUGAUAUCUAUCUUAAUCUGGACCCAAGUAAAUUUCCCCCAAUAUUGUCCGUUCAAAUUCUGGUCGACAUCAAUUACAUCUCCAAUUCUUUGGCUAACUUCCGUUAUGAAUUGUUUAGUCAUACAAAGGAGGGGUAACUUGUAGAGAUGAAUCCAGAAAUUAGCAUGAGUGAAUUUAAUAUUCCUUGGCUGUUCAAUAUCAUUCGGACUUUAUAGUAAAACUAUGGAUUUGCUGAAGAACUAAGGCCCACUAUUAAGAAUUCUUUUCUUCUAAACAUUGCUUGCAAAAUGUAUCAGGAACAGGUUCUCACCAAUGCAAUCAAUGACAACGUUUUUGUGUACAUUCGAGACCUUCUUCAUGACCUUUCGGAAGGCCUCUAUAUAUGAUCAAUUUGCUAGACAACACCUUCCCCACCGCCCAAAAAGUGAGGAUCUCUUUUCCUUUUGAAGCAUCCACAUGGUUCAGGUCUGCAACCUCAUCUUCUACAGAGGUAAGUUUCGUGUUUCUCCAUGGAGAAGUAAUGUCUUCCACACUCAUGGUUGCCGGCAGGCACGAAGCGAACCAAACAAAGCUACCCAGACGAAAACUACUUGCACUGGAGUCGCUCAGCCCUCCCUCCUCCGGCGACGCGUUUCAGGCGAGACCUCGGACUUGCGGUGUUCCAGCGAACCUACACGGCAGAAACACAACCCAGUAGUGCGACAUCCUCCGGCGACACCCUGCAGCAGCGUGUUUUGAGCAUCCUCAACGGCGACGYGAACAGCCCCUGAAGUAUCGGCGACCGGCGACCCUGCAACUUCCCCCGGCGGCGCGACCUCUUCUCCGGCGUCGUCUGCAACGGAUCCGACGAACCCACGGCGGCGCGACUCUCCACGAACGGCGUCGCUCUUCCCUCUGCACAAUCUGCGACCACAGCGCCUAGGCGCUCAUCUGCAGCGGACCCCCUUCUCGACGUGAACAGUUGCCUUCUGGUGACAAUCACGCUGWCUCACACCCAAACAAAGUCAAAUUCGUGAUACCCACUCCUUCUCUGUGUUGGACCUGCAAGCCUUUGAACCCUUAUAACUCCAUUAUGCAAGGUCAGGCUCCUUCUACACCGAUACGGACUUAGCCCAAGCGGUUUCAGGAGGUUCAGAAACUUCUGGCAAAGCUUAGGAGCUUUAGGACACUAUUGUUCAAUACAUUUUUUUCCCCAUGUUGGUUAGUUUAAGCUCAACAGUCCACAUCUUUGUUCUCGGAGAAGAUUAUAUGUUGGUUAAAGCUCAACAGUCCAAUAGAUAAGAAAUAGUCCAUGGGCAGUGGUCGGAGGUCGAACCAGAGCUGACGAAGAGACCAGUGACGUGAAGGAGAACAAAAAGGGGAAUGAAAUGAUAGGAGAAGCUUCUCGCGUGGUGUUGACUGUCCUGCUUCUCUUGCAAGGUGUGGGUGGAGACGGGAGAAAGUUUGAUGGAGAUGGGGGCGAGUUCGGUGGAGACUACUCUAAACUCUCGGGUAUCAUAAUCCCUGGCUUCGCUUCCACACAGCUCCGAGCGUGGUCCAUUCUGGAUUGCCCCUACUCGCCUCUCGAUUUCAAUCCCCUCGACCUCGUUUGGCUCGAUACUACUAAGCUUCUUUCUGCAGUCAAUUGCUGGCUCAAGUGUAUUUUGCUAGAUCCAUACAAUCAAACCGAUCAUCCUGAAUGCAAGUCACGGCCUGAUAGUGGUCUUUCAGCUAUCACUGAACUUGAUCCUGGCUACAUAACGGGUCCUCUUUCUUCAGUGUGGAAAGAAUGGAUAAAAUGGUGUAUUGAAUUCGGUAUUGAAGCUAAUGCAAUUAUUGCUGUUCCCUAUGAUUGGAGAUUGUCACCAACAAUGCUUGAGGAGCGGGACCUUUAUUUCCACAAGCUCAAAUUGACAUUUGAGACAGCUUUAAAACUUCGUGGAGGUCCCUCAAUAGUGUUUGCUCAUUCAUUGGGUAAUAACGUCUUUCGCUACUUUUUGGAAUGGCUGAAGCUUGAAAUUGCCCCAAAACACUAUUUCGAGUGGCUGGAUCGACAUAUUCACGCCUACUUUGCUGUUGGAGCUCCUCUUCUUGGUGCACCUGACACAAUAAAAGCCACUCUUUCUGGUUCAACGUUUGGUCUCCCUAUUUCUGAGGGGACAGCUAGGUUGAUGUGCAAUUCAUUUGGUUCUUCAUUGUGGAUGAUGCCAAUUUCCAAGUAUUGUAGGGGAGAUGAUGUAUAUUGGAAGCAUUUCUCCAAGGGGAAUGGGGGAGUUCAUCACUCCUAUCGCUGUAGUGAGCAGGAAUUUCACUUAAACUACUCUGGAUGGCCAACAAAUAUUGCCAAUAUAGAAGUUCCUUCAGUCCUUCCUGGAGCAUCAGCUGGAUAUGAUGUGUAUCCAUCACUCUCAGAGGUUACACAUAAAAACUUGACAAGCAUGGAGUGUGGACUCCCUACUCAGCGAUCUUUCUCUGCUCGUGAAACAUCUGAUGGAACUUUUUUCAAUGCAAUUGAGGAUUAUGAUCCAGAUAGCAAAAGGCUUUCAUACCAGCUACACAGGUUAUAUCAUAGCGAUCCUGUCCUGAAUCCACUAACGCCUUGGGAUAGACCUCCAAUAAAGACUGUUUUCUGUAUUUACGGAACGGAUUUAAAGACAGAGGUAGGUUACUACUUUGCACCAAGUGGAAAGCCUUACCCUGAUAAUUGGAUCAUUACAGAUGUCGUCUAUGAAAUUGAAGGGUCUCUCAUUUCGAGAUCAGGGAAUCAGGUGGAUGGACAUCCUGGUAUUGCCAGUGGGGAUGAGACAGUACCGUACCAUUCUCUCUCUUGGUGCAAAAGCUGGCUCGGACCGAAGGUGAACAUAACAAGGGCUCCUCAGACAGAACAUGAUGGGUCGGAUUUACAGAUUGAUAUGAAUGUAGAGCAUAACUAUGAAGAAGAUAUUGUUCCCAACAUGACUAGGUCACCCAGGGGCAAGUAUAUAACUUACUAUGAAGAUUCAGAAAGUAUUCCAGGAAAAAGAACGGCAGUAUGGGAGCUUGAUAAAGUUAAUCACAGAAACAUUGUGAGAUCCCCUGUUCUAAUGCGAGAAUUGUGGCUCCAGAUGUUGCACGAUAUCCAUCCCAAUGCGAAGUCAAAUUUUGUUACUAAAGCUAAGCGUGGACCUUUAAGGGACGAGGAUUGUUACUGGGACUAUGGAAAAGCUCGGUGUGCGUGGCCAGAGUACUGUGUAUACAGAUAUGUUUUUGGGGACGUUCACCUUGGUCAGAGCUGUAGGAUAAAGAAUAACUCAACGGAUUUGCUCUCACAUUAUUUAUAGAUUAAAAGGUUGCACAAAUAGAAUUUCUGGUAGCAAAAAUGGCAAAUUCCAGCUAAAUUAUGCUCCAGAGGAUAAAGAACAUUUUCUAUUGACAUUCAUUGUAAUAAGUAGAAGAAACGUUACUAGAGCUUCUCUUCCAAUUAUUAUAAGAAACACUCGGUUGUAUGCCAGUAAAAAUAAUGCCACAAAAUUUUGUUGAGAUUUUUUGUUUGUAUGCUCUGCCAAUAGUUUUGCAUGUAAAGGUGAUAAUAUUAUGAGAAGGAACACAUGUAGGUUAUGGAUGUUUCACUCCA